AUGAAACUUUUUUUGACAUUUAGCACGCAAUACACAAAUUUUCAUGUUUUAAGCAUCAACAAGCUUGGUUCGAAAUUCAUCUAUAGUAUAAAGCAAUAUCUCAAAUCAACAAGUUUAUCAAAAGAUAAUCAAGAAGUACUACAAAAGCUUGGGUAUAGGGAGACAACGCGUGAUGAAGCUGAAGAAGAUAUGCUUAAAGGCUUUAUACUAAACCUUCACCAUGUUAAGGACCUUAAAAUUGGAGGUUUCUGUUCUAAUGUUCUCUCUCGUUUGGAGGUUAAAGGAUUCACUUUUCCAUCAAAUAUGAAGCUUCCUGAUGUUACAUCAUCUUCAUGCCCUGAUAAUGAUUUGUUGGAUCUUGAUUCUCGGUGAUUAGUUGAAAGCAGAGAUUGGGUGGUGUUGCUUGAUCAUGGUGUUAAAUAUUGUUUGUCCUAAUCACAAAAAGCUUAUGUCUCUGAAAGUUGUGACACUUGCAUGAGUUUAUGUAUAUUGUUGUAAUUGUAAAACCCCAAACAUUCUCCUGUAACAUCACACACAAACACC